AAACAAUUGUGAAGAAAGAUAGAUGAUGAUGAUGCAAUCUCGAUUAUUAGCGUUUGCUUCUGCGGCGCGUUCCCGUGUUCGACCAAUCGCUCAAAGGCGUUUAGCGUUUGGAUCAUCCACGUCUGGCCGCACCGCUGAUCCAGAGAUCCACUCCGGUAACGAUGGAGCUGAUCCAGCUAUUUAUCCGACAGACCCUGAAGGUAUGGAUGAUGUUGCAAACCCUAAGACAGCGGCAGAAGAAAUCGUAGACGAUACUCCACGACCGAGUUUAGAAGAGCAACCGCUUGUACCGCCUAAAUCUCCACGCGCCACCGCACAUAAGCUAGAGAGUACUCCUGUUGGUCACCCGUCAGAACCUCAUUUCCAACAGAAACGAAAAAACUCCACUGCCUCUCCGCCGUCGCUUGAUUCCGUGAGCUGCGCCGGGCUAGACGGUUCACCGUGGCCAAGAGAUGAAGGAGAAGCAGAAGAGCAGAGGCGGAGAGAAGGUGAAACAGCGAGCGACCAAGAGUUUUACAAACACCACAAAGCUUCUCCGUUAUCGGAGAUUGAAUUUGCCGAUACUCGGAAACCUAUUACGCAAGCUACCGAUGGAACGGCGUACGCAGCCGGGAAAGAUGUGAUCGGAUGGUUGCCUGAGCAGCUAGACACGGCGGAAGAAGCUUUGAUGAAAGCUACGAUGAUAUUCAAACGCAACGCAGAACGUGGCGAUCCUGAAACAAUAACAGAGAAACAAGAGAUUGAAUGUGCAAUGUGUUUAGAAUGUGAGAAUCCAUGUGAUCAGCCACCUCCUCCAUCACCUUCACCUCCACCGCCUCCGCCACCACUAGAAAUUCUCUGUCCUCCACCGCUACCACCGCCUCCACCCCCGCUAGAGAUUUUCUGUCCACCACCACCUUCUCCACCUCCUCCUUCUCCACCACCUCCUCCUCCUUCACCACCACCACCGUGUAAUCACUGCCCGUUACCGCUUCCACCGCCGAUGCCGCCGACUUGCAAUGAAUGUGUUCCGAAUAAACCUAGACCACCGAUCAUUAUCACAGCCGCAGAUGCGUCCCCGGGGAUAUCUGCUUCCAUCAGUUUAAUUGUUGCUCUCGCCUUCCUAGUUUCCUCUCUGUUUCAAUAAUGUUGUAGCGAUCUUCAGCUAUUUGUUGUCUCUCUCCGUUAUUAAUUCUUACAUUCAUAAAAAGAUAUUCGAUUU